AUGGGCGAGCUCGCCGACUACCUCAUUAGAAAUGACCCCAGCUUCGCAAGGUCGAGAUUGCCCGCACGAUACUCGGACUUUCGAUCCCAGCGCACUCUGAACCCAGAUGGCUACCAAGCAAACAUCUCCGCCUGGCGCCAGGCCCUCUCCGACCUCGUUGCUCGGGGUCUCAUCUCCCACCGCGGCUCAGAACCCGAUCACUUUGUCCUGAAUCUCGACGAUGGACUACUGCGAUCCCUCGAGUCCAAGGAGUUUGGUCAACCGCUGGCCUUGGGUACCGUCGUGCGCGAGGCGACCGCUGGACGAGAUUUCAUGCCCCUCAACGACUUUGACAAAUCACAACAGAGUAUAUACCAAAGCAGCUGGUCAAGUUUGCCGUGGAGUCUCAUGGGCUGGACGCUGCGCCAGCUUGGAGUGGUGGAUCCAUCUAGGGGAGAUGAUAAGCUGCCGACUGGCAAGUAUGUGGUGGUCAAGAACGUCGAGGCCGCGGCAAAGGAGCUGGGCGACCUCAUGGCGGAGAGAAGCUCGAGGUUCGAUCGCGUCUUUAGUAAAGCACAAUUCCAAAAGGCCUUCUCAACAGCCUUGGUUAAGGACCAGCGCUUGACAGAUACGGACCUGGAUGUGCUGCUCAAGUUCCUCUCGCGCGAUAAGGGAGUUAUCGAAUAUGACGGAAAGACAAUCCGGAUCAAGGGAUCCGGCGAGCAAGGCGGCAUCACAGAGGAAGACGCCGCUAUUGCUUCCCUCAAGGAAGUGACAGAAAGUCUAAAGCAUCAGACUGAUCUUCUCAACACACGCAUUGACGAGCUCGCACAAACCGCCAAGGACGCCGUCACCCGCAAGAACCGCAUUGCCGCUCUUGCAGCCCUGAAGUCCAAGAAACUCGCCGAGUCGUCCCUCGCCACUCGCUACGCCACCCUCAACCAACUCGAACAAGUGGCUGCCAAGCUCGAGCAGGCCGCUGACAACAUCCAUCUCGUCAAGGUCAUGGAAACGUCGACUGAUGCGCUGGCCAGCCUCAAUGCCCAGGUAGGCAGCGCGGACCGGGUCGACACCGUUAUGGAUCGUUUGCGGGAGCAGAUGACCUCGACGGACGAGGUGGGCGCCAUUUUGGCCGAGUCGACAGGCGCAGUCGUGGACGAGGGCGAGCUCGACGACGAGCUGGAGGCGAUGGAGGCACAGGAGCGCGAGAAGGAGGACAAGGAGACACGGCUCAAGGAGGCAGAGGAGCAGAAGGCGAGGGAGGAGAAGGAGGCGGCCGAGGUACAGAAGAAGCUCGACGCGCUGCCGGCGGUGCCAGCAGAUACCGACGAGAUCCGCGAAAAGGCUCGGACACCGACGUCGGAAACUGGAAUCGCAAACCUGGCGAUAUAG